AACAUUUAGCAUUCUAGUGAAGACGGCUUUUCUGUACUGUUCCAGAGCUUUACUUAUACCACAGUUUGAUUUGAUUCUUCUUAUGUCAUCAGAGGCUUAUCCUACAACACAUCGAGGAUGCAUUGUUGGAUUAUGUGUAUCGACAUUUUACAUAGGAUUUUUCUUAAGUCCAUACAUUUAUCAGGCCAUAGGAAGGCAAGAAUGCUUACUUGGAUUUUACGGGUGUAUAACUCUCUUGUGUGGCAUUGCGGGAGCGUUUCUACCUUUAGAAACCAGAGGUUUGGAAUUAAUGGAGAUACCGAAAGAAAAAUAGGGAACGAAUUUUCGAGAAGAUGCUAUAAUUAGAAAAAUGACGUUAAAGAAAAUGGCAAUAUUUUUAAAAAAUUGUACAAAUAAAUAUGUUUUUUAAAA